UUUUAUUCCCGCAGCUCAGUCCUCAAAGCUGUCAGAAAGUCCUUCUACUUUUAAAGCCGACUAUCCAGGUGCUGUCUAUUAGGACAACCACCAGGGUCCUUUCCAUCAUGAGUGGAAGCGGCGGUUUCUACAAGUACCGAUGCAAAUACUUUUAUACCCAUAAUUGUCCUAAUUGGGUUUAUGUCAAUAACUCUCCUUGCGCAAACUGCUGUGCGGAAGGACGAGACGCCGACGGAGGGGCUUCUGAGAUGCCCCCGUCGAGAUACGCACACGAUAUUUGCGUUCCACGAGUUGAAGACGGUGUUGUACACUAUACCCUGAUGGAAAUUGUCAACACUGACGAGUCUGGCAACCAAUGGACGCUCAGAUACAAAGUAAACCAAAGCCAGAUCCCUACCGUUAUUACGACCAACGCUACUCCGGGACCACCAGUUCCAGCAACUAGCUACUGAAGCCACGAUGGCUUGCGUGGCCUGUUACGGCAAUCGAAGAAUAUUGGGCGUUUAUGGGGAGGAAGUGAGAUUAUUUG